GAAACACACUAAACUCUCAACACUCGUCUCUGUUUAUUUUCCCAUAUCAUUAUUUCAUCUGUUCAGCAGCUCCGAAUAUCACUGAACAAUGGCUUUCCAGUAUCCCAACGUCUAUCGGGACGAAUCUGUGGUGGACGACUAUCAUGGCUGUAAAAUCCCUGACCCGUAUAGCUGGCUGGAGGAUCCUGACAGUGAAAAAACACAGGCGUUUGUGAACGCUCAGAAUCAGCUGACCCUGCCCUUCCUGGAGCAGUGCGAGACCAGAGACCUCUUUAAAGAGCGCAUGACUGAACUCUACGACUACCCCAAAUACAGCUGCCCCUUCAAACGCGGAGACAGGUAUUUCCACUUUUACAACACGGGUCUGCAGAACCAGAGUGUUAUGUACGUGCAGGAUAAUCUCGAUGCAGAACCCACCGUGUUUCUGGACCCGAACACUUUCUCAGAGGACGGGACAGUUGCUUUACGAGGUUAUUCGUUCUCUGAGGACGGCGAGUUUCUGGCAUACGGCACCAGCGCCAGUGGUUCGGAUUGGGUGGAAAUCCGCUUUCUACGUGUGGACGGUGCUGUCCUGCUAGAGGAUCGACUAGAGAGGGUCAAAUUUACAUGCAUGUCCUGGACUCAUGAUGGAAAGGGCCUUUUCUACAACUCUUAUCCUGAGCAGGAGGGCAAAAGCGAUGGCACUGAGACGUCCACUAACCUGCACCAGAAGCUGUAUUAUCAUGUGUUGGGAACCCCUCAGUCUCAGGACGUCCUGUGUGCUGAAUUUCCAGAUGAGCCCAAAUGGAUGAGCGGUGUUGAGGUCUCUGAUGAUGGUCGAUAUGUGCUGUUGUCUAUUCGAGAAGGUUGUGAUCCUGUCAACAGACUGUGGUACUGUGACUUGAACGAGGAGCCGCAAGGAAUCACGGGUUUGUUGCCGUGGGUGAAGCUGAUCGAUAACUUUGAUGCAGAGUAUGAAUACGUCACCAAUGAAGGAACCGUUUUCACUUUUAAAACCAACCUGGAAGCUCCUCAGUAUCGACUCAUCAACAUCGACUUCACCCAGCCGUCCGUCAGCCAAUGGAAAGAGCUCAUUCCUCAACACGACAAAGACGUCAUCGUGUUUGCCACCUGCACAUUCUCCAGCUUCCUGUUUGUGUGUUUCCUUCACGAUGUGAAGAACGUGUUAAAAAUGUUUCAUCUGUCCUCUGGCGAGGAGAUCCGCACCUUCCCGCUGGACGUGGGCUCGAUUGUGGGCUUCACCGGCAGGAAGAAAGACUCUGAGAUCUUCUACAGCUUCACCUCGUUCCUCUCUCCAGCGAUCAUCUAUCACUGUGAUCUGACUAUGGAGCCGCUGCAGCCGCAUGUUUUCAGAGAGGUCACAGUGAAGGGCUUCAAUCCGGCCGACUAUCAGACCACUCAGGUCUUUUAUCCCAGUAAAGAUGGCACCCAAAUCCCAAUGUUUAUCGUCCACAAGAAAGGAAUCAAGAUGGACGGCUCCCAUCCUGCCUUCCUGUAUGGAUACGGAGGGUUCAAUAUUUCCAUCACACCCAGCUACAGUGUUUCCCGGCUGAUAUUCAUCAGGCACCUGGGAGGAGUUUUAGCGGUCGCCAACAUCAGAGGAGGAGGAGAGUAUGGAGAGACGUGGCAUAAAGGGGGGAUGUUGGCCAAUAAGCAGAACUGCUUCACAGACUUUCAGUGUGCAGCUGAAUAUCUAAUAAAGGAAGGCUACACUUCACCCAAAAAACUCACCAUCAACGGAGGAUCCAAUGGAGGAUUGCUCGUGGCGGCAUGUGUGAAUCAGAGGCCUGAUCUGUUUGGUUGUGCCGUGGCACAAGUCGGCGUCAUGGACAUGCUGAAGUUUCAUAAGUUCACCAUUGGACACGCCUGGACCACUGAUUUCGGCUGCUCGGAAAUCAAAGAGCAGUUCGAUUGGUUAAUCAAGUAUUCUCCUCUUCACAAUAUCCAAGUUCCAGAAGGCGAUGGAGUUCAGUAUCCCGCUGUGCUGUUGUUGACUGGUGAUCAUGAUGACCGUGUGGUGCCGCUGCACUCUUUAAAAUACAUUGCCACCCUCCAGAAUGUGAUUGGUCAAUGCCCCGGCCAGAAAAACCCCCUAUUCAUCUACAUAGACACAAAGUCGGGUCAUGGCGCAGGAAAACCCACCAGUAAAGUGAUUCAGGAGGUGGCAGACACGUACGCCUUCAUCGCUCGCUGUCUGAAUCUCAGCUGGCUCGAAUAAAACGACAAUAAUAAUAAUAAUACUAAUCUGUUCCUCUCCUUCUGCAGGUUUAUCUUCAGCAACACUUUAUAAUAGCUACACACAGAAUCGUUUAUUAAGCAUUAGGAAAUAGUUCGUUAAUUAGUCAUCUAUACAUUAAUAGAUGUUAGUAAGCAGUUUAUAAAUACAGCUAGUUGUGUUCUUGACUUGCAUGCACAUGUAUAAUGUGCUUAAUGAUUGUGUUUUUUAGACUUUAAUGACUCAUUUUUCAUUACUAAAUUAAAUAUUGCGUUAUUUACAAACCCCUUAAGAAUAAUUGCCGUUUUUUUUUUUUUUUUGAUUAAGAAUGUUUAAGUUUAAUGAUUAAUAAACUAUUCAAAUUAGCAUUUAUAUAUCUUACUAUUUAGACUUAGAAUAAUAAUUACUUUGUGUGUUAAUAAAUGCUUCGUUUACAGACAGAGCUAAACGUGCUGCAAUUUAAAAAAACUUGCGCAACUUCAAAAAA